AUGUGAUUCUUGUAGGAUCAUGGAAAGCCAGGACACUCCGAGAGAAUGUUCCUAUCCUGCCCCUGUUGUCCCGGAGAUGACAGACAUCCAGAAACGGCUCCAAAAAAUGUGUGAGGGUGCAGGAGGGGAUGCACAGAAUUUCCCAGAGAAAAUUGUUCUACCAGAGCCAAAGUCGAAAAAGAAGAAGAAGAAAAAGAAAAAGUGGGGUGCAGUUGAGCAAGAUGAUGUGGAUCCAGUGGAAAGUAUGGACACAGAGUAUUCUGAAUCAGAACCAACAAUCCAUGCAAUGGAGUCGGGAGCCAUGGGUUUUCCACCAGUGAACGUUCUAGAAUCAGGAGCCAUGGGAUUUCCACCAACUCAGAUAAAGCCUGGGCCCGUAGAAAUUCCACCCAAGAAAGCAGCAGAGGAACCAACCACAGAAAUCAUCCCAGAAGAGGGUAUUAUGCAUCCAAUGGAUGAGAGUGAAUUUUCACCACACAGGGGUGGAUUCAGAGGAAGAGGCCCCUUCAGAGGGAGAUGGAGGGGGAGGAGAGGUUACAGAAGAGGGGGAGCACCACCAUUUCAUGGGCCUCCUCCUGGUGGACCAUUCGGACCACUGCCCCAGUAUCAUGGUAUGGAAGGGCCAUAUCAACAAGGAUACUAUGAUCCCUCUUAUGGCUAUGACUAUUCACAAUUUUAUGCUCAGGGUGGGCCCCCUCCAAACUAUGGUACACCACCCAUUAUUCCUCAGGGUCCAACACAAAGUUCCAUGCCUUCUGACCCUGCUGCAUGGGCUCAGUCUGCAAUGGAAUACAAAAAUAAACAAAUGGCAACAAUGGCAAACCAACAGCUAAUUGAUCCAAGCCAACAAAAUCCACCUCUCCCACCUGUACCAGCAGAAAAUCAACCGGAUCCAAGUCAGCAGAUACCCAAUAUUCCUAUACCACCACCUCCCUCAGAACCUCCUCUACCAUCCUCCAUUCCUCUCCCUCAACCACAACCACCAGCACCUGAUAUUCCACUGCCACCAUUAGAUGUUCCACUGCCUCCAUCUUCUUCCACAAUGCCAACAGACUCACAAAUAACACAGGAUUUAAAUGAUUCAAACAUGGACAUUACACUACCACAGAAGAAAGCUUUAAUUGAUAUGGAUGUGCCAGCAUUAUCCCCAGCUGAGCCAGAGGAAGUGAAAAAUGUUUCCGAGUGCAUAAUGCCCUCUGGAGAGAAGGCUCUUGUGGUAGAAACAACUCCUCUAGUGGGGCUUUCACCAACUGCUGAACUCUUGGAGAUUGAGAGUAAACAAGAAAUCUGUGAUAAUAAACUUUCUGACUCUACAGUGGAUAAAGCAAAACCAGAUACUUGUGAAGAUAGUAAUUUUGAAAACAGAGAUGAUGUUAGUGCAUUCAAAGACACUAUUCAGGAAAGUAAAGACACUGAUUCUGAAAAGAAAGAGGACAGUAACGACAAUUUAGAAAGCAAAGCACCAGUGAAAACAACAGCACAAAUGCUUCUAGAGAAAAUAGCAAUGAAAAAGAAAGCAACUGAAGUGACAGAAUCUGGAGAGGUGACAGAAUCUGUGGUAGAAGGCUCAAAACCAAAGACAAAACCAAGCUCAAAAUUCCUUUUGCAGCAAUUAAAACAAGAUGCAGGGAAAGUCCAGUUCAGUGUCAAACAGGGAGCAUCUGGAACAAAGAAAGGAAACAUUCUGCAGAAGACAGAAAAAACUGAAGCAGAAGACAAUUCGAAACAUAAGGGUGGAUCCAGAGAAUUGUAUAAACCUUCUGCAGAGGAUAAAGUGGCAUUAAUGCUGGAGACGAUGACGCCAAAACAGAGGGAUUCCUACAUGCGUUAUAAAGAACAACAAGAAAGAGAAGCAAGGAGAGAGGAAAGACGAAAGCAACGAGAACUGGAGAGAGAGAAACAGGUGGAGGAGAAAGAUAUACGGAGGAGGAGAGAUAAGAGUGAGAGUAUUGAAAAAGACAUGAAUAAACUAGACAUUAAAAAAGUGUCCUCAAGUCCCAAAACAGACAGUACUAGUGAACAAGUGUCUAAUGAGGACAAAAAGAGUUUAGGAAAAAGUGAAGAGAGAACUAAACCAGAAAAAAGUGAUGGGAGUAAAGUUAGUGAUGUUAAGGAGAGAGACAUUCUGAGUGUGAAUAGUGAAUCUGACCAAGGUAUCACAAGCAUUAAAAACAAUUCAGGUUUAUCAGACAAUCAGGACACACAGAAAGUCACAACUCCCCAUACAUUCAACGUGUCAUCUCCUCAGCCAAACACAGACAGUUGUAAUUCUAGUCAAACUCUACCUUCUAAAGUUCACAGUGUCAAAAUUAUUACUGUUGAUAAGUCAAAGGACACAGAAAGCACAUUGUCUGAUAAGAAGAAGAAAUCCAGAUGGUCAGAGACGAAAGCCGAUACAUUGUCACCGAAUGUGUCUAGUGGACCUCCCACAGCUGUUCCCAUGGUAACAGAUGCGGAGGUGUACUCACCUGAUCAUCCAACAGAAUCACCAAAGACAGCAGUUACAGGUGAUUCACAGAUGUACUCUCCAGAGAAAUCUACCGGAAUGGAAUACUCCCCCAGUCACCCUACGGAGGAUUACUCACCCAGCCGACCAACAGAUACUCCUAGUCCCAACAGCAGAACAACUCAGGUAGACCAAUGCAGCAGGCUCAAAGACUCCGCCAUAACCUCUGACAAACAGACAGAUAAUCAGCCUUGUUCAGUAGAAGAAGGACAAUCGCACAAAGAGAGUGGGGAUGAAGAUACCUCGCCAAAAAAAGCAAAGAAAAAGAAAUCCAAGAAAAAAUUACAGAGAUCAGUUUCUGGAUCUCCUGAAAGGAGGAAAAAAGAGAAAACGAAAGAAAAAUUGGAGAAAAUGUCACCUCAGAUAAAAGAGAGUUUUUCAUGGGACAGUGACGAGGAUGUGCCGCAUACAGAUCGUGAUUCUAAGCAGCAUAAUCACUCAAGAAGUACAUCAUAUGACUCUGCUGAUGAUAAAUCUAAAGAGAAAUCUUUCAAAAAUAUUAAAAAGUCCAGAUCACCUAGGCAUAAAAAACAUUCUCAUUCUCGUUCCAGAAGCAGGUCUGUGGAUAGUAGAUCAAGAAAACGGUCAUUAACUCCCAGGAAACAUAGGUCUCGUUCAAAUUCCGAUAGCAGGUCAAUCGAUUCCAUGAAAGAUACUUGUAGGAAAUAUGAUGUAAAAUCUAGGUCAUCCUUGAAACAUAAAAGUAGGUCAAGGAGCAGGUCGACUUCUAUGGGUAGAUAUUCCAGAAAAGAUAAAUCUGUGAUUAAGACUUCUAGAAAUAGAUCUAGAAGUAGGUCAACAGAUCUGUAUCAAGAACGUGGAAGAAAGAGAAGGUCCACAAAAAAAUAUUCUUCACAACAUUCUAAAUCUAGAAGUAGGUCAAGAAGUAGGUCACAAGACUCAGGGAGAGAUAAAUCUGCCAAAAGAUCAGUAUCUCCAAAGUACAGGAAACAAUCACUGUCACCAAAGCACAGGAAAACUUCCCGUAGUCGAUCCUGGAGCAGAUCUUCAGAGAGGGCUGUUGGGAAGAAAAAGAAAACCAAGAAAAAACAAAAAACUUACCAGUCAUCAAGCCGAUCGAGAAGUAGGUCUGUGGAUGCUCCUUGGAAACAAAAAGAUGACAGAAGUAGAUCCAUCUCUCCAAAACCAGGGAAAAGGAAGAAAAAACAACAUAAUUCUACGGAUAGGUCUAGGAGUUCUUCUCCAGUGUAUUCAAAGUCUGACAGAAGAAGAACAUCAAACAGAAAACAAUCCGAGUCACCCAUGUCUUCCAGAAGAGGAAGAAGAGAAUCACCAGGAAGGGGCGUACAUAGUUCUGUCUCACCACGUAAAAGAAGGAAUUCAAUCUCUCCUGAAUACAGAAAAAGAUCUACUUCUAGUAAGAAGAGAGUUUCAUUAUCACCCAACCAUUCUGAUGAAGACAGAGGUGAGAAGACAUCAAAGAGAAAAUCAAGGAAAGCCAAAGAUAAAUCUUCUUAUAAAAACUCACCUAUAAAGGACUUAACUAAAGAUGGAAGUUCAUUGACCCCAAACAGAGGUCAAGAAAAAAAGCCAAAGGAAGAUAAACAGAGAGAAGUAUCUCCAGAAGUACUUAAAGAGAGAGCUCCAAUAUCAUUCAAAAUGAACAUUAGUAAGCCAGUAAAAAAGGAACUACCAUCUCUUGAAAACAAGUUAGAUGAUUCCAUGGAGAAGGACAUUGACGCAGGCAGUGAUAAGGGAGAUAAAACAGAAUCAAGUGAAAAUCUGGGGCAUGAGCAGAAGCCUGAUGAGAAGAAAUCAGAAAAGCAUGCUAGAUCUAAGUCACCAUCCCCUUCUCAUAUCUCUACACAAGCAAUCAACAAGUCACCUGAAAGGGAAUCUAGAUCCAGGAGCAAGUCAGUGGAUUCAGAAAAGGAUCAAAAAUUGUCCAAGAAGGCCAAAAAAGCAGCAAAGAAAGCCAAGAAGAAAGCCAAAAAGCUGGCUAAGGAGAAGAAGAAAGAAAGAGAGACAGAAUCUUCGAAUUCUCCUCUGAAUUACAGCAAUGAAAGUAUAGAUACUGAUGAAAAGUCAAUGGAAGUGACUGUAAAGGAUGACAAAAUAAAAGCAAAAGAGGAUUCCAGAAAUGCUGAUGCUGUGCCAGGAAAAGAAGCGAGUCCAGAAAGUAAAAAAGUGAAGAGAAGAUCCUGGAGAUCUAAAAGAUCAAACAGUGAUGAGGACUCACAACAGACCUCACCAGAACAGGGUGCUACUAGAAAACUAAAGCGAAUCAGUGUGGACAUUGGUGCCAUACCUCUACCGGGACAGGAGAUCAGUAAUGAACAACAGAAAGAGGUCAGUAAAGAUCAAGUAAAAGAAACGUCAAUUCCAACACAGAGGAACAAGAAACUUGAACAGGUUGAUCCUAUCAUUACUGAUCUCUCUUCAAUUCCCAUGCCUGAUGAAAUGCCUGUUACUAGCCACAAAUCCCAAAGCAUUGUAAGUGAUCCUUCUUCUAUAACCACCUCAGAUACUCAGUCUGCUGGGAAACACGAUGUUGGAGAAUAUCAAGGACAGGAAGAAACCUCAAAAACCAGUGAAAAUUCUGAUGCCAUAAAGAGUUCUGAAGACUUAAAUUCAUCUCAAAGAGAGCAGAAAUUAGAUCCUGAGGAUGAAUCGGAAGUGAAAGAGCCAGAGAAUUGUAAACUAAUGAGAAGAACGUCCACAGAUACAAAUGAGGAGAAAAUAAAAAGAGAACUAAAGAAACUGAACAUAGAUAUGGUUAAAAGUACUUUUGAUCUUGAAGAGGCCCAACCCAGACGAAGGUCAAGAAGAUCAUAUAAUUCAACAGAAAAAGAAUCAGAAAAUGAAUCAAAUGAACCAAGCAAAAGGGCAACUCGACGAAGAUCCAAAGCAUCACUCAGCACUGAAGAUUCCUCAGGAAGUGAAAACUCAAAGACUGACACUAUUCAAAGUGGUAGUGAAACAGAGAAACCAAGUACUGAAACUGUUCAAGAGAGUCAAGAAAUAGUUGUGGAAAAGCCCACAAAAAGAAAGAGGAAAAGCCGAUUUAGUGAUGUGGAUGACAAGGUUGAUGUUGAUCAGAUUUCAUUACCUACAGAGACGAAGAGUGAGGUGGAUCUCAGUAAAUUAUCCAAAGUUAGUGUGACAUUAGAACCAAUUCAGAUUGAAAAAGGCAGUGCAAGGACACCCAUUAAAUUUGCUCUGGCCAGCGUAACUCAGGCAAUUGGAAAAGUGAAAUGGGAGGAGGAAGAUGGAGACUCGCAUAAAGAAACUGUGGAAAAUUCGGGAGGAAGUUCAGAGUAUAUACCUGACAAGGAAGACACAGAGAUCAGCUUUAAAGUUAAAGUUGGCAAUGAAACCAGCAUGCAGGAGGGUGAAAAAGAAUGUAAUGCAAAUGAAAGUGUAGAAACCUCAAUUAAAGUUGAUGUGCCGAAAGUUGUUACUUAUCCUGGGUUGUCCAUACCUAGUGUAACAGCAGACUCCAUAGUAGGAAAUGAAGGUAAAGGUGCAGCAUCUUUGAGUAAAGAUGAUGUAUUUCAGACUGCUUUGAAAAAAGCAAAAGAGUUGGUGGAAAGUAAAGUCAUGGCAAGUGUAGAGGAACAUAAGAAAAUUUCCUCAGAUGUUCCAACAGGAGAAGACAAUACUGAAACAGUAGAUAUGGAAUGUGAUUCCAACUCAAACAGUCAGGAACCCUUCAUCCUCCAGGGGAAUGAAAAUUACCCUCAAAACUCAGUACCAAAUCCUCCUUUGACAACAUUCCCAAAAUUUACUGCAGGCUUUUCCUUGGAGAGCAUUAUUCCAGAUUUUGGUAUGCCACUACGAGACGGUCCAUCAUCCACAAACAGAAAACCUACUCCACCAGCACCUGUGCCUCCUCUUCAAAUGAACAUUCCACCACCUCCACUUAGUGGAUCAUUAGCAGCCAAUUUCCCCAUUCCUCCACCCCAACCUGUUGCUCCACCAACUUACUCCAUUUCUAUGAACCAUCCAUCAAUAAAUAUUCCAUUGCCAGGAACUGCUCCAACAGUGGCACAUCCACCCGUUACAUCUUUUUCUAACAGUCAUCCACCAAAGAUUUCUUUACCUCAGCCUACACCUUUGUCUGUUCUUCCUACAGAUAUUCCAUUACCACCUCCACCACCUGAAAAAAAGACAUCAAAGGAAGACAAGGUAGACAUUUAUAAGGCCUCUGCAGUUCAACCACCAAAUCUUCCAUCUGAUAUUCCUAUGCCACCUUCUGAGAAGACAAAAAUUUUGUCUAAUUCUCCUGCUUUACCUAUGCCCCCAGAGAAGACAAAAGCUUUAGAUAAUCCCCCAAUACCUAUGCUGUCAGAGAAGAAAAAACCUAACCCUCCUGAUAUUCCAUUGCCAGAAGAUGUUUCUACUGAACACACUGCAGAAACAUACCAAGAGAGAGGCAUGUCUGCCUCUGUGCCUUCAGCUGAAGUUGACCCACUUCCAGAAGUCAUUCCUCUUCCUUCAGAAGUCAAGAAAAACAAAUCAUCUGAAUCUCUUGAACCUGUAAAAGUUGUCUUAUCUGAAAAACAAAGUACUAUUCCUCCAAACUCACCGAGUAUGUUACCAGAACAAGAAAUAAUAAUCACAGAGGCUACAAUAACAAAUAUUGAUGAAUCUUCAAAGAAUAUUUUUGCAUUCAAUCAACAGGCAGAGACUGUCACAAAUAUUUCAAAAUUGGAGGAGAGAGUAUCUGAUGCAGAUGAGGCAAAUGCUGAGAAUGUUAAUGCAUCAAAAGACACCAAAAAC